AUGACUGGAGAUUUAUUUACGGCAAGAUUUGCUGAUUGCCAUUCUGAUGAAUCAGUAUACCCAAUAUUACGGGGAGAAAAUAAGAAAUUGCAAAAGGAGAUAGAUUGGAAUGCAUUAUCACUAUCUCAUUUAGAUCCUCGAACAAAGCAAUGUAAACAUGAGGUUCAAAAGAUAAUUUAUUUGCAAAAUAUUGCAAAUCAACUGCCAGAUGCAUUCACUAACCUACCAAGAGUGACUAAAUCACAUAUUCCAGCUGCUAAUGCUCCUAUUCAAAUUGAUUUCCGAGUUGGACAAUCUAUAAAUACAAAUGGGUCUAAGCCACGCUUGAAACGUGGUAGACCAAUUGGUUCCAAAGAUAAAAAUCCUCGAAAGCAAAAAGGAGUAAAUGAUCUAGGAGAUCAUAAUAUGGAGGCAAUUGCUCGAAAAGAGCCUUGUGACAUAACAAAUGAUAAGACCUCAGAGGAGGUCUAG